UUUUUCACCGAAGUAUUUUUCACAUUCUACCUAUCAAUCGCAACGGUUUCAUUAAUUAGUGUAUUUUACCACCGGUAACCGUACUUGUGGUAGACGUGCUUACGUAGUUUAAACUUAUUUGCGUUUGCUAGCAUGCCACCGUUGCUGCAGUGUAAUGCUAGCCGGCUAGCUAGCUUGUCUCUUCGACUCGUCUUUCUCCUCGGUCAUGCUGGCAAAGAGAUCGGUUCCCUCCGGACCGGACACCAGUAUGCUGUUAGUUAUUAAGCCAAUCUGACAAAUCUAGCCACUCCUGCUACAGUAUCUCGAUGGCAUCAACAAUGAUUUCCGUCCACACCACGGCCUCUCGCUUCGCCCUCCUCCAGAUAGACUCUGAUUCGGACUCUGAAAAUUCAGAGACUGGCAAGUCUAAAAGCGGGCGUGAAUCAGGGAAGUCUCGGACGGGAAAGGGUGGGAAGGCCAUCCAGGGAAACGACAAGAAGAAGGAGAAGAGAAAGAAAAAGAAAGAGCAGCAACAGACCGAGGCUAACGAGUUACGGAGUCUCGCCUUCAAGAAGCUCCCUCAGAAGUCCACCGCCCAGCCCCCCGCCCUGUCGCUGCAGACGGUAGCCAAUGAGCUGCUAAACCCGUUGUCAGGUGACCAGGCCACGCCCCCCGAAAGUUGGCAGAAGUGGAAGCAGCGGGACGAUCAGUUGACCAGUGAGCUGUACGAGGCAGACUUAGAGAAGGCCCUUAUUCUCAGUAAACUGGAGUUUGAGCAAUGCAAGGACGACGGUACAGACACAGCCUCUCCCAAGGCCAGAGGAGCAGGAGGAGGAGCAGCAGCAGGAGGAGGAGCAGCAGGAGGAGGAGCAGCAGGAGGAGGGAAGAAGGAGAAAAAGAAGAACCAGCAGGGGAAAGACAAGAAGAUGACGGUCUCUCUGAAGGACUUCCAGGCAGAGGGGAACCUAGAACAGCUGAAUAAAAAGCAGGAAAAAGAGGAGCUCAAACCGGCCAAUCCGGCACCCCCAGAAGACCGGUUCUUCAACAAGCUGGAGGACGACGUGAUCAAGAUCGUCCAGCAGGAGAAGAGACGGGAGCAGUUCACCAGCGGCGGCCAGGAGGUCACCACCUCCACAGAACACGAACCGGACCCCCGAGCAGAGCAGCUGAAGUACAACCUGGAGAAGAAAGACCAGGAGAUAGAGAAGCUGAAGAAGAUCAUCUCACAGUGGGAGGUUAAAUACAAGGAGGUGAAGGCCAGGAACUCCCAGCUGCUGAAGAUGCUCCAGCAGGGAGAGAUGAAAGAUAAAGCAGAGAUACUUCUACAAGUGGAAGAACUUCUAAACAUCAAAGAAGAGCUGUCCUCACAGGUGACGUCACUUCACGCCUCGUUGGAACAGGAGAAAUCUAAAGUGAAAGGUUUACAAUCUGAACAGCCGAAGCAUCAGGGCAACAGGAAGGGCAAGAAGGGCUUGGAGUCGGAUCUAUGAAUGCGUUGGAGAGAGGGAACUUAACUGACUACAAUAACAAU